AUGAGGAACAGAGCCAGCAAUACCUUGUCCAAGGGGAAAAUCCGUCAAUCAUGGAGCAAGUACAACUUGUAUAACCUGCAGCGAUUCCGUUCCCCUGGCACCGCCAACCGCACAUUCUUCCAGCAGAAAUGGUCAGCCAAGGCUAUUUCUCGCGCCUACCACGGUGAACAGGUCCGUGAGGGCCAAUGGAAGCGCAUGUUCUCGAAGCGUAUCCGUAGCGUCUACCCUAUGAACACCGCGGAUCUCGCCAUGGAUGAUGGAUCUAAGGCUUCUGCCGGUCGAGGUUCUGGCCUGCAAUCGGAGGAAAAGCCCUUCAACACACGCUUGGUUCCCUACACCCAGAUGGCAUUCGCUCCCCUGGAGCGCCGAUUGGACGUUGCCAUUUUCCGAUCACUUUUUGCUAGCAGUGCUCGUCAGGCGAGGCAGUUUGUCAUCCACGGUGCUGUCACUGUGAAUGGCCAGAAGAUGAGACACCCCAGCUACCUUCUCAACCCAGGUGAUCUGUUCCAGGUCGAGCCGGAUCGUGUCAUGUUCGCUACCGGUGCUCCCAAGACCAAGUUCGAGCGACGAGAGGCCCGCCAGCUGAAGGGAAAGAAGGAGGGUGAGGAUGACGCAGAGGCCGAGACCGAGGCCGAGACCAAGCCGGAGUCCGUGGAGAAGGAAGAAAAAGAAAGCGCCAAGGAUACCCUUCGGGCUCUUAUGGCUCAGGCCAAGACUAUCAUGUCGACAGACAAGGACGUCCUCCCCGCAAAGCGCAAGCAGGAGCUGCGCGGAUUCCAGAAGGCCGUGCGCCGCGUGUUGUCCCGUUCCGAGACCAGCACCAUCCUUACAGACAGUCUAGAGUCGCAGUUCUCUGAGCUCACCCUAAUGCUGAAGGCUACACGCGCCGAGAACAAGCCCAAGGACGCCAAGAAGUCCAAGAAGCAGUCGGCCGACGAGGAGACCGCUGUGGCAUCACAGGAAUCAGAAGGCGAGGCUGGUAACAAGCUAUCGGAGGCCUUCCAGAAGGCUGCUGAGAGCGGCGAGAUCGACACAUCGGAACUGUCUUCUGAGGAGUUUGACAUUCUUCGUCGUGCUCUUACCCAGAUGCGUGACAACCCCAUUGACCACUCCAAGCCCUAUGCCACCCCUUGGCGGCCACGGGAGUACAUGUCUGCUUUUGCUUUCAUUCCCCGCUACCUUGAGGUUAACCAGAACAUCUGUGCUGCCGUAUACCUCCGCCACCCCGUUGCCCGCCCUGGCUCCGCCGAGGUGCCUACUCCCUUCGGUGAGGCGGUUAGCACUCCGGCUUAUGGCUGGUACCUGAAGAGACGUUGGUAG